AUGCGCAACACACCCAAGCUUGCCUUUGUGUGGGUUUUGGGCGCCGCCUGUUCCCGCACGGCCGUAUCCGCCAGUACCACUACCGACGCGACGUCCACCGAUCCCAUCCACACUCCGGAUGAACUCUUGACGCCCGACAGCAUUUCCAAACUCCGGUUUCGGGAACUCAAACGCGAACUCCAAGCCCGCUCCUUGACCUUGGAAGGGACGACCGGACAAUUACGUGUACGCUUGCGACAGGCCGUCGGAUUGCCGGAUCCUGAAUGUAUCGUCAACGAAGACGGCAUUGAAGACGAUUGUCAAACGGAAUACGAAAUGGCCCGUAUCGUCACGUUUCGCGACGAGUCGGAUCCGGAAUACGAAGUCAAAGAAUUAAUGGCGCAGAUUGAAGAAAAGGCCGCCCUCGGACACUGGAAGGCUGCCACCCGGAAACUCAAGACCUUGACGAGGCGCUUUGCCAACACAACCGUUCCGGAAUCCGUAUACCUCACGACUCUCGAAGCCUGCAUGGCCAAUCGCUUGCAGGGUGCCCGUGCCAGUGAACCCGCUCGCAAAAUACUCGAAAAAAUGGUGGAGCAGGGAUACGCCAUCCCCGAUACUUUCGGAAACUUUUGCGUCAAAACCUGUCUCGGGGAACAAGGUACGGACUCGACGCACCAGGGCUUUGGUGGAAUCGACACCGCCCUCGCUAUUGUUGCCGCCAUGGAACAGGCCAACACACCACUCCAACUCGAAACCUACGACAAACUCAUCCAGGCUUUGGUCAAGGAAGGUUCCGUGGACCACGCCCUGGCACUCCUCCGAACCGUCGUCGUCGAGCAGGCCCAAACGCCGUCUUUGGAAACCUUUGAUCGCGUGGCACGCUGCGCGGUUUCCCGUGCCGUCCACGACGAUGAAGCCGUCCUCAGCGUCCUCACCAUUUGCAAGGCCUCCGGGUACGAUUUAGAUACCAUUGCGGCCACCGAAGCUGGUCGCGCGAUACUCGCCUGCGGGGUCAUCGCCGCCGAGCGACUCGGCAACGAUGCCCUCGCCUUCCGGCUACUCACCGCCGCCAGCAAAGCCAAGGGCGUCGCACCCGAUCGGGGAGACAUCAUGAUUGCACUCGGAUCCUCCACGGCGCAACGGGCCUGUACCCUUAUCCACAAACGGGCCAUUAAUAAGGCCGUCGAAGACGGCCAGUGGCAGCUCUCCGUCAAGGUGCUGGAACUCAUGUUGGAGCGAUCGUUGAAACCGUCUAACUGGGUGUGGCGGAACGUCGUCACGUGCUGUGCCAAAGCGAAGAAGAGCAAAAAGGCGACGGCCGUCUUGCUCGACUGGGUCAAGCUCUCGGAAGACCUCAAGGCGGACAAACCUCCACUGUCGGUCUUCAACACGGUCGUCAACGUGUGCGAGAUUUGCGACGAACAGGAAUUGACGCUGUUGGUCCUCGACAAGAUGAAACAAACGCACGAUACGGAAGGAAAUAUUAUUACCUUUAACAUUGCCCUCAAGCGACUCGCCAAACAAGGAAACUACCAGGCAUGUGAAGGUAUCAUUCUCGGCAUGUUGCAGGCAGGGGUAGAGCCCUCAGUGGUUUCUUAUACGACGGCCAUUGCCUCGUGUGCCAGCGCGGAAGAAAGGCAGCCCACAAUGGCGUAUGAGUGGUUGAAGCGUAUGCGAUCACGAAACGUCAAUCCCAACGUCUUGACCUACAACACGGCCAUGGCGGCGUGCCUUGACGGCAAGCUUGAAAGCAGCUUUAUCGGCAGCAAACUAGCCAAGGAAAUGCUGGAUGACGUAAAUAUGCAGUUGCAGCAAGGUGACGAAAGUAGUGAAGUGAACGCCUACACGAACGUGAUUCCCGAUAGUGCCACGAAGAAUAUGGCACGGCAGCUCAUGACGCAGCUCAAGUCGAACUGGAAAGAAGGAGCGAUUGAUAAGCGAGUAGCAACGGAUACUGUCCGUGUUCCUUUGAAGGAACUUGUCAAUUUCUCUCGGUCGGAAGCCGCCGACCGGGCUCGCCAAGAGACGGCGAAGCGGACCAUUGUGGACGACGAUCAGGCUGCGUCGACCGCUCUCGACGAAAUCGAGCUGGAGUACACUGCGGCCUCGAGCACGCAUCGAUCCGCGGAAGUGUAA